AUGACAAGAGGAAAUGGUGUUGGUGUCAAGGGAAAUAAGCGGAGAAAGAUUCAACAAAGAGAGGAAUCAGAGGAGUCAGAUGAGGAAUAUAAUGUGGCUGAAGAUGAAGAUAGUGAUGAGUCAGAUGAGUGCUAUUCCUUAGAUGGUGAUGAAUCAGAAGAGAUAUUAGCUGAUUUUGGAAAGUCACGGAGGGUUGCUAGAUCAAGAAACACCCGGAGGACUUCUGCAGGUAGGAAGGGGAAUGAGAUAGCAAAGCCUCGUAAGAGGAGAAGGGUUUCUUAUACUGGUGAUGAUGAUGAUGAUGAUGAAGAGUUUAUGUCUUUGGGUAAGAAAGCUAAGCGGAUAAAGAAACCUAGGGAAAAGAAGAGGGUUUCAUAUACAGAAAUGGAUGAUGAUGAUGAUGAUGAUGAUGAAGAGUUUAUGUCUUUAGGUAGGGAAGCUAAGCAGAGGGAAAAGAAGAGGGUUUCGUAUACAGAAGAUGAUGAUGAUGAUGACUUUGGAGGAUUAAUGUUUUCAAAUAGAAACCAGAGAAAGAAGCCUCAGGAAAAGAAAAGGGUUUCCUAUACAGAAGAAGAAGAUGAUGAUGAUGAUGCAGGAUUUAUGUCUUCGGGUAGGGAAAGUAGCCGGAUAAAGAAGCCUGUGGAAAAAAAGAGGGUUUCAUAUACAAAAGAUGAUGAUGAUGAGGAGGAGGAGGAUGAUGACUAUGCAGAAUUUGUGUCUUUGGGUAGAAAGAGAAACCAGAGACAGAAACCUAAGGAAAAGAAGAGGGUUUCGUAUACAGAAGAGGAUGAAGAUGAUGAUGAUGAUGUAGAAUUUAUGUCAUCAGGUAGGGAAGGUAAACAGAUAAAGAAGCCUAGGGAAAAGAAGAAGGUUUCAUAUACAGAAGAGGAUGAUGAUGUAGAGGACUAUUUGGAAUUCAUGUCUUCAGGUAGAAAGAGAAGCCAGAGAAAGAAGUGUCACGAAGAGAAGAGGGUUUCGUAUACAGAAGAGCAUGAGGAUAAUGAUGAUGCAGAGUUUAUGUCUUUGGGUAAGGAAUGUAACCAAGUAAACAACCCUAGGGAAAAGAAGAGGGUUUCAUGUGCAGAAGAGGAUGUUGAUGAUGAUGAGGACUAUGCGGAAUUCGAGUCUGAGGGUAGAAACCAAAUAAAGAAUAGGGUUUCAGAUACAGAAGAGGAUGAGGAUGAUGCAGAAUUUAUGUCUUCAGGUAGGGAGGCUAACCAAAUAAAGAAGCCUAGGGAAAAGAAUAGAGUUUCAUAUAGAGAAGAAGAAGAUGAUGAUGAUGAAGAGGACUAUGCAGAAUUUGUGUCUACUGGUAGAAAUAGAACCCAAAGAAAAAAGCCUCAAAAGAUGGUUUCGGAUACAGAAGCAGAUGAUGAUGCAGAAUUCAUGUCUUUGGAUAGUGAAGCUAACAAGAUAAAGAAGCCUAUGGAAUUGAAGAGGGUUUCAUGUACAGAAGGGGAUGAUGAUGAUGAUCUUGGUAAUGAUGAUGUUGGUGAUGAUGAUGAAGAGGAUGAAGAAUUUGUAUCUUUGAGUAGGGAAGGGAAGAUAACCAAGAUAAAGAACCCUGAGGAAAAGAAAAGGAUUUUAUGUACAAAAGAGGAUGAUGAUAAUGAUGAUGAGGGAGAGUAUGCAGGAUUUGUCUCUUUGGGUAGAAAGAAGCCUCAAGAAAAGGAGAGGGUUUCAGACACUGAAGAAGAUGAUGAUGAUGAUGAUGAUGAUGAUGAUGAUGAUGAUGGAGAGUUUAUGUAUCCAGGUGAGAAGGUAAACCAGAAAAAGAAUCUUCGUGAGAAGAGGAAGGUUUCAUACACAGAAGAUGAUUCUGAGUUUAUUUCCACAAGUAACAAGUCAAACCCAAUAAAUGCCCCUCAAGAAAAAAGUAGGAUUUCAUCUGAAGAAGACAAUCAAGAAGAAGAAGAAGAUGAAAACGAUGCAGAAUUCAAGUUAAGUGAGAGUGAUUUUCUUGAUGAUGAAGACGAAACACUAAAGAUGAAAAAACCCGAGAAACCACCACAAAAAAAGAGUAUCCGUGGAAGACAUAAAAAGACCAAAAAGACGAAAAGCCCACAAGGACAAAACAAAGGAUUCCCCGAAAGGUAG